AUGAUUAGCUCCAGGGAGAGAAUUGUUAUCGUAGGCCAGUUCAAGCUAACUCUGACUGGCAGCGCUGGUAUUAUUGGCCUGAAUGUCGCCCUGGUUCUGGCUCAACGUGGUCUAGGAGAUCAGAUAACUGUUGCUGCGGAACACCAUCCGGGUGACCCUGCGCCUUCAUACACUUCUCCAUGGGCUGGAUGUAACUUUUCGGCCAUUUUUGGUCGCGAUAAAAAUGCGCUGCGGUGGGAUAAGAAAGGAUAUGCUCACUUAUCCAGCCUUGCAGCCACAGAUUCCUCAAAGACCUUUGUUCGCGAGACUGAAUCCAUUAAAUAUUGGGACAACGAUGCUCCAGAGGAGAAAAUUUAG